AUGGCUUUCUCUAAUAAGCCUCAUUGCAUAUUGAUGUUUAUGAUCUCAUUUUUCAUUCUUAGUCUUUUUGUUUCAGCGUUAGAUGUCUCAGAUGCUGUGGCAGAAGCACCAGCACCAGGAUCAGGCAGUGACGGCUUCUUACCUCUAGCAAAGAAGCAUGUUGUAAUCCACAACGUUGUAAAGAACAAGCAAACUGUGGAUGUACAUUGCAAAUCUAGUGAGGAUGACUUGGGGUUGAUCCAUCUCCCUUGGAAUCAAACCUGGGGUUUCCGAUUUCGUGUUAACAUUUGGGAAACUACAAAGUUUGUUUGCAAUUUUACGUGGUAUGGAGGCGGAUCCCACAAUUUUGAUAUAUUUAAUGUAUGGAGGGACGAUAGUGAAUUUGGGAAGUUUCCCGUAUGUAGUGAAUGUCUUUGGCAGGUGAGAAGUAGCGAUGGAAACGAAGCUAUGUGUCGUAUUACUGGAGAUUCAGAUCCUUAUUGUUUCCCAUGGGACAAAUAA